AUGGACCACUCGAUGCAUCACGCGGGAAUGGACAUGGACCAUGGCCAUAUGGGCCAUGGGGACAUGGAUAUGGGUGGCAAGUGCAAUAUGAAUAUGCUGUUUACCUGGUCCACUAAAGACCUCUGUAUCAUUUUCCCCCAAUGGCACAUCACCGGUGCAUUUUCUCUCCUCGUUUCCCUCGUUGCUAUCGUCCUCUUGACUGCCGGAUACGAAGGCCUUCGUGAAGCUACCCGCCGAUACGAAGCAUCUCAUGCGCAGCGCCUGAAAGCGUUCUCCGCUCCCAUCAACCCUGCAGACGAUGAGAUCGCCGACGAGUCGGGCACAAUCCCCCCACCUGUUCCUGUUGCAGGUGCCAAUCUCAACGGCCGCAGAAACGAGACGCGCUCACUACUUGUAGGCUGGGAUAGUAAGAGAGCGGCGGAGCAGAGAGGGAAGCUCACCAUGGCGGCGCUGUAUGCCGUGCAAGUGUUUUAUAGCUUUUUCAUCAUGCUUCUCUUCAUGACUUAUAAUGGAUUUGUUAUGCUUGCGGUUGCGGUUGGUGCUUUCGUUGGUUACCUUACGUUUGGGGGUGCUGCGCCCGCUGCGAAGUCUGUUGCGUGUCAUUAA